AUGGCCUCCCGCGCUUCGAAAGGCCUUAUCUGCACAAAAUGCGCAUAUCGCAGUAGCAGCAGUAAAGUGCAAUUCUCAACAAGUUCCAGACUACGCCAACAACAACAAAAUGACAAAUCCGAACGACCACAAAUUCCACCAGCGUCGGGAUAUGCGCGCCUCACAAACCGCUCUCUGAUUGCCAUCAGCGGGACUGAUAGCACAUCCUUCCUCCAAGGAAUGGUUACUCAAAACAUGCUCAUGGGCAAAGAACCCGUUCGCGCCCCGCGACGAACAGGAAGUUACAGCGCAUUCCUCAACUCGCAAGGUCGAGUGCUACACGACGUCUUCAUCUACCCCAUCACCAAUGGCAGUCUCAGCAGCAACAACAACGAUUCUACAGACGAAGCAGCAUGGUUAAUCGAAGUCGACAAAUCCGAAGUCACAAAUCUUAUGAAACACCUCAAAAAGCACAAAUUGCGCGCAAAAUUGACUCUUCGCGCUUUGGAAGAUGGGGAACAAUCGGUCUGGGCGGCAUGGAAUGAGUCUACAGAGAAGCCUCGAUGGGCAGCUUAUAACCUUGAAUCUGAUUUCCCGUCGCAAGUUUCGGAUCAAUCGCUAAUGGUGGUGGGAUGCAUUGAUACGAGGGCACCGGGGUUUGGGACGAGAUAUAUUACACCUGGCGCGGAGGAUUUACAGGUUCAUUUAUCUGAGGAAAUGAGAGUACAAGGUUCUGAAGUUGGAUUAGAGACGUACAAGUUGCGACGGAUUCUGCAUGGUGUUGCUGAGGGACAACAAGAGAUCAUCCGCGAGUCUUCGCUGCCGAUGGAGUGUAAUAUGGAUGUUACGCAGGCCAUUGACUUUAGAAAGGGGUGUUAUGUGGGACAGGAACUUACUAUUCGAACUCAUCAUACUGGUGUUGUGCGGAAGCGUAUGUUGCCGGUACAGUUGUUUGGGGUUGAUGAGGAUACCACCGCCUCGUCAGCGCUCAGCUAUGACACCAGCACGGACAUACUCCAGCCUCCCACCGGGGCGAAUAUAUCUCGAGUCGGCACUCGCAAAGGUCGCAGCGCAGGUAAAUUCAUCAGCGGCGUAGGAAAUGUCGGCCUUGCGCUUUGCCGUCUCGAGAUGAUGACCGACAUCUCGCUUUCAGGCGAAAGCAGUCAGUACAACCCUUCGCAAGAAUUCCAGGUUGCAUGGGAUGCAGAUCCGGCUGCCGUUGGAUCUGCGAGCUCAGGCGCAGUCAAGAUCAAAGCCGUUGUGCCGCCGUGGCUCAGGGAGCAUAUUGUGGCGAGCACAAUGCGGAAUGUGUCUUCUGCGAGGGCGAGGGAGAAUGAUGAGGGGCUUAGAGCGAGGGAGCUAGUAGAAAGGCUAGAUGAGGAGGAGGCUGAAGAGACUAGAUAG